ACAUUCCAAGCACGCACGCGCUCUUUCACGCGAUUGCGUCCUCCUGUAUUCCCGUCCUCAUUAGUGACGCGCUACCUCAUAUCGGUGUGGCGUUUUCCGAGGACAACCGCGUGGCUGGCCCGACCGCCCUGCUGUUUCCAUCGACCAAAAAAGUUACCAGUUGGGCCGUUGUCAUCCCCGAAGCCGAAUUUCUCGCCCAUCCGGAGAGAGUCGUCCCUCGACUUCAGCAAAUAAGUGAGACCGAAAUAGCUGGCCUCCUGGAGAACCUGCGCGAAGUGCAGCCAUUGCUGUUGUACCGGCAUCCGGAAUCUCAGGUGGCUACCCUGACGCUGAUCCAGGCCGCGUACCAGCGGGAUUUGAGAUUUCCCGGAGAGGACGCCGGCGCCCCGCAACAGUACGCAUUCUUGGCGACGUGA